AAUCCAAACUUUGUGUCGUGUACAGACAACGUCGAUGAAACUGCCGGUCUAGAAGCUAAACUUCUACUAGCUGUGGGGACGCGAGUCAUUCUGCGACGCAAUAUGGACACAAAAGCUGGACUAGUAAAUGGUGCCAUAGGUACGGUCACUUCCAUCUCAGCAGUCACCGUGACUGUUAAGUUUGACCACACAUCUGCGCCUUACGACGUACAACAGGUUAAAAGCAAAUUUACGAUCAUGAAAAACUUUGUAUACAGAAAGCAAUUUCCUCUCAUUCUGGCAUAUGCGAUUACAAUUCAAAAGUGUCAGGGAUUGUCGCUAGACGCUGCCAUCGUAGACCUCUCAGAUCAAGUCUUCCUUCCCGGAAUGGCCUACGUAGCGUUGUCCAGAGUGCGAUCGCUAUCCGGGUUACACCUAGCUGCGUUCAGUCGCAAAUCUAUCAUGGUCAAUGUACCCAGCCUCAAAGAAAUCAAUAGACUCAGACAAACUUACCGAAAAGAUCUCCAAAUGUAUCAAAUUCCCAAAACCAACGGAAACAUUACGCUCACUGGUACUGUAGAACAAGACGAGCCAAAACGAAAGAUGCCACGUCUCGCCACUAAAUUGUUUUCUGCAAAUCGGAAGCGAUCCCCAAUGCAGCAGAAGAGCCUACACGCAAAAAAACAUGCCACAGUCAAUCGGAAAACCACGUUAUGCAAAUGAGAAUGUGCCGAAACAUCAGACAUGAUAGUCACUAGUAAUACUGUUAAUUUCAGACAACAACGUGUAUGGCCAUUCAAGUUCUACACUGUAGAUACAAUGGCAGCGAAAAGCAUGUGCCACCUUAGGUCUGCGUUUUGUGGGAAGGAACACACUUCAACCAGGCGAUCCAUACGUCGUUCUAACACCACCAGACCCCUCUACAAUAAUACCUAUCAAAGGAGAUGGCAACUGCUUAUUCCGUUGUUUUGCAUACAUUAUAUGUGGUUCAGAAAGUCAACACAUGGCAGUACGUAAAGCUAUCCUAAAACCACAUGGUGCACAUUGCCCAUUUAUUAUUAUUCCACCACAUUCCCAACAGAAUAUCAAAAAUUCAGCAAUACA